AUGUCUGCCCCUGAAACUGCUAUUCAAUACUCCACCGCUGAGACCUCCUCUGUCGCUGGAGGCCAGCUCGUCGGCCGCUCCAACAAAGGCGCCGUCGCACCCAAGGAAGCCUUGAAGCUUCGCUUGGACCUCAACCUCGAGGUCGAGAUCGCCAUUCAAGCCAAGGUCAAUGGUGACAUCACCCUUUCCCUCCUUAAAUGUGCUCUCGGUCUGUAG